UCCCUCCCCCUGUUUCUCAGAGUGGUCCGAUCCCCACCAACCUGCCCAGCACUGUGGCUCGUCUCAUCCCGGUGUUCCCGAGGGGUGUUUCCCCGGCCCUGCCCUCCUGCCCCCGGCUCCCCUCCGCCUUCUUCCCCUCCGGGGGGGGCAAGAUGAACUCCCUGGACUCCUUCGAAGCUCCCGGCUCAGCCCACAGCGCCCCCUCUGUCCUGGAUGACCUUGACAGCUUCAGUACUGCAAGCACAGGCAGGGGUGUGGAUGUAGGACCAGGACUCGACUCUCUGUCCGAAUUCACUGCCCCCCUUCCAAUCCCAGCGUCCCGCACACACACAGGGUCGAGGACUCGAAUAAAUAUGAACCCACCGUCUGGCCAACAGUUGAGUGGCUCGUCUCGCUUUCCUCUGGCUCUCCGGAAUCCUCUCCUCUCGACUCACGAGUUCAAAGCCGCCUGUCCGUCCUGCUUCAUCAAGACAGGCCCCAAGGCGAUGGAUUUUACCCACAAUGCCGAGCCUCACCAGUGCAGGAGGGACGUGCUGCUGUGCCGGGUCCGCGGCACGCGGGACCAGAGCUGGAAGCGGGUUCGAGUCAGACCGCAGAGGAACAACUUCCUGGGGGCGUUCGUGCUGUGCAAGGAGGUGCUCAGGAAGCAGCAGUGUCAGUAUGGGGAGGGCUGCACCUUCGCGUACUGCCAGGAGGAGAUCGAUGUCUGGACUCAGGAGAGGCGCGGGACCCUGAACCGAGAGAUGCUGCUCCGGCCCCCGAGGGGGGGGAGCGGGGGGGGCGGGGGGGGGGGCCUGACCGUGUCCCGCCUCCUCGCCACCUACCACGGGGUGUUCCUGUUCCUGUGUGAGGAGUGUUUUGACAGUAAGCCUCGUAUCAUCAGCAAGCGCUCUGAAGACAAUCCUUCUGUCUGCUCCAACCUGUCUGCCGAACGCUUCGACGAGAACAAGUGCCUGGUCCACGCGCUGCGCUCCACCUCGAUGCGCUAUUCCAAGCUGAGGCCCUUGAACCCGCGCUGUCAGCUGGACCUGUGCCGACACGAGAGUCGAUAUGGCUGCCAGAGGGAAGAUAACUGCAGCUUUGCACACAGCCUAGUGGAGCUCAAGACCUGGGAGCUGCAGAAACACACAGGAAUCACUCACGAGGAGAUCGUUCAGGAGUCUAAGAGACACGGGUUCAAACUGGAGCUGGGAAACCACAGAGCCACGCCUGCCCGCCUCUCUGGCCCCGCCCCCCUCUCUGGCCCCGCCCUGGCCCCGCCCCCUCACUCCCCCCCUCUCUCUCUCAGGAUGAAGUUCGUGUGCGGUCAGUGCUGGAGGGACGGGCAGGUCAGCGAGCCGGACCGGGCUCUGCGCUACUGCACAGCGAGGUCCAAACACAGCUGGACCCGCGAGCGCCGCGUGCUGCUCGUCACGUCCGCGGAGAGGAGGACGUGGGUCCUGGUUCGGCCCCCUCCCCUUUUCCACAACUUCCCCCAGCGCUACGACCUGUGUGUUCAUAUUCUCAAGUACAGGAAGUGUCACUAUAUUGGGAGCUGCUCGUUUGCACACAGUCCAGAGGAGAGGGACGUGUGGACAUACAUGAAGGACAACAACAUGAGGGACAUGCAGCAGAUGUACGAGCUGUGGCUGAGACUGACCGCUCAGAACCGCCAGGCGGACGGGACCCUGCUGACCUCGGGAGGGGAGGAGAAACAGAUCGUCAUGCCGACCGACUACGCGGAGGACAUGGCUGGGUUUCACUGCAGGGUCUGUGGGAGGCACAGUAACAGCGCCCGUCAGUGGGAGCAGCACAUCAGCACAGAGAAGCACAAGGAGAAGCUCUUCAUCGUCACCCAGGAGGAAGAGGAGGGGAGCGAAGGAGCCGGCUGGAAACACCGCUUCCCAGGAGAGAGCUUCACCCUGUGCAGCAAACUGCAGGACGGUUCCUGUCCGGAGGGUGUGGCCUGUAGCUCCGCCCACAGCGAGGAGGAGCUUGCGGAGUGGCGGGAGAGGCGGGACUUCCUGAGGAGGAGGCUGCAGCGGGCGCGGGAGGACAUGCUGGUGGCGCCCUCCGACAACGACUUCGGGAAAUACAGCUUCCUUCUGCAGGACUGAGAGAACAGAGAGAGAAAGAGAGACUCACACACACAGAGACAGAGAGAGAGAGAGAGACUCACACACACACACAGAGAGAGAGACACGCACACACAGAGAGAGAGAGAGAGAGAGAGACACGCACACACACACACACAAAUACAGCUUCCUUCUGCAGGACUGAGAGAACAGAGAGAGAAAGAGAGACUCACACACACAGAGACAGAGAGAGAGAGACUCACACACACACACAGAGAGAGAGAGAGAGAGAGACACGCACACACACACACACAAAUACAGCUUCCUUCUGCAGGACUGAGAGAGAAAGAGAGACUCACACACACAGAGACAGAGAGAGAGAGACUCACACACACACACAGAGAGAGAGACACGCACACACAGAGAGAGAGAGAGAGAGAGACACGCACACACACACACACACAAAUACAGCUUCCUUCUGCAGGACUGAGAACAGAGAGAAAGAGAGACUCACACACAGAGAGAGAGAGAGAGACACACACACACAGAGACACAGAGAGAGAGACACAGAGAAAGAGAGACUCUCACACACACACACACAGAGACACAGAGAGAGAGAGAGAGACACAAAGAGAGAGAGAGACAGAGAGAGAGAGACACGCACACACACACACACACACAGAGACACAGAGAGAGAGAGAGAGAGAGACACAAAGAGAGAGAGAGACAGAGAGAGAGAGGCACGCACACACACACAGAGAGAGAGAGAGAGACACGCACACACACACGGAGAGAGACGGAGAGAGAGAAAGAGACACAGAGAGAGACACACACACACACACACACACACACACACAGAGACACACAUACACACACACAGAGACACACACAAAUGCAGCUUCCUGCUGCAGGACUGAGAGGAGGGACAGAGAGACACAAAGAGGGGAGGAGAAAUGGAGGGAGGCACAGUCUAGGUCAGAAUGUUUAGUGACAGAUACUGCAGUUAUAAUAAUGAUGAUGAUAAUAAUGAUGAUUUGUAGUGAUAUGAUUACUGUUCAUAUUUCAGGUUCUGUCGUCGAUAACGAACAAAUCAAAUUAAAUCAAGCAGAAACGAGACCCUAAACCGUGAAUAUUAAUAUUUUAAAAUGAGUUGCCUUGCACUAGAUUCACGGAGCAUCUAUCUAUCUAUAUAUAUCUAUCUAUCUAUCUAUAUAUCUAUUAAAUACAAUGUUUAAUUAAUUAAUUAAUUAAUUAAUUAAUUAAUUAAUUAAAUACAAUAGUUAAUUGCUAGUUUACUAAUAUGUAGAAAGGUUAUAAAAACUAAUAAUUAUUAAACAACUCAAUAUUCCUGAAUUUAGAAUUUUUUUUGUAAAUUCAACGGCAAACGUUUCCACUAGAAGUCUCUCUCAGCAUCUUCAGUGUAAAUUCAAUGGCAAACGUUUCCACUAGAAGUCUCUCUCAGCGUCUUCAGUGUAAAUUCAAUGGCAAACGUUUCCACUAGAAGUCUCUCUCAGCAUCUUCAGUGUAAAUUCAACGGCAAACGUUUCCACUAGAAGUCUCUCUCAGCGUCUUCAGUGUAAAUUCAAUGGCAAACGUUUCCACUAGAAGUCUUUCUCAGCGUCUUCAGUGUAAAUUCAAUGGCAAACGUUUCCACUAGAAGUCUCUCUCACCGUCUUCAGUGUAAAUUCCCUUUUAGUUUGUCUAAAGGUAUGACAAUUAAAUUAAAAUCUUAAAAGGGUUUAAUUCUGUAAGUAAAAAAUAAGUCAUGAAAUAGAGGGAAAUAAUUAAGGUGUUGUUACCAAACUUGUCCACUAGAUGUCGCUAUGGAACAGAGUGACGUGUUCUGACGUUUCUCUUCAGCUCAGAGGCUGUGUGGUCCAGUGGUUAAAGAAAAGGGCUUGUAACCGGGCGGUCCCGGGUUCAAAUCCCACCUCAGCCACUGACUCACUGCGUGUGACCCUGAGCAAGUCACUUCACCUCCUUGUGCUCCGUCUUUCGGGUGAGACGUAGUUGUAAGUGACUCUGCAGCUGAUGCAUAGUUCACACACCCUAGUCUCUGUAAGUCGCCUUGGAUAAAGGCGUCUGAUAAAUAAACUAAUAAUAAUAAUGAUGAGAAACGUUUUCAAAUUCUAGAUAAAUUAAUAAGCAAGAUUUUAUCUUUUCGGUUUCUGUAUUCAUCAUAAUAUUAAUUAAUUAAUAUAUUAAUCUAAUCUAGCCUCAAUGCUUUAGCUAAUAAUCUACUUCAUUAUAAUAAUAAUUAUUAUUAAUAUUAGGUAGAUUAAUAUUAUAUAUUAGAAUAUUGAUUCAUUAUUAUAAUUAUACACUUGUUAUAAUAAAAUAUUAUACAUAUUAUAAAGUAAUUAAUAUCAAAUCUAGCUGCAAUGCUUUAAUAUCUACCUAAUAAUUGUAAUAAUUAGUAAAUAUCUUAAUAUCUAAUCUAGCUGCAAUGUUUUAGCUAAUAUAUACCUAAUAAUUGUAAUAAUUAAUAUCUUAAUAUCUAAUAAUCUAGGUGCAAUGCUUUCGCUAAUAUAUAUCUAAUAGUAAUUAAUUAAUUAAAUAUGUUGAGAUCUAAUCUAGCUGCAAUAUUUUGGCUAAUCUUCUACUUAUUAUUAAUAAUAAUAAUAAUAAUAAUAGUAAUAAUAAUAUUGAUAAUAAGUCGUUCUAAUGGUGUUGUUGUUGCUGUUGUAAUACAGGUCGCAUUUUUACUGUAUAAUAUUCUCAUCCUAGGAUGCAAUCCCAGUUAACUGUAGAAUUUGGGUUUGAUAAAAUAAAUUAAAAAAAUCAAUACAUGAAUUUAAUAAGUUAAAUAAAUAAAUAAAUAAAUAAAUA